UCCCAACCUGCCCCUCAGAGGAAACUGACCAUUCACACACAUUCAUACACUGAUGGCACAACCAUCAGGAGCUAUUUUGGGGUGAAGUAUCUUGCCCAAGGACACAUCAGCAUGUGGACUGGAGGAGCCGGGAAUCGAACCGCCGAUAUUCCGAUUAGUGGACGACCUGCUCUACCUCCUGAGCCACAGCUGCCCCGCUAGUAGUGAUGGAAUAUGACUGGGCGUCACUACUGACUCUGCUACCAGGCCAGUCCACGUUUUCAAAUGUAAACAUCAGAUUAAACAUCAAGUAAGACCAUCUGUGUAUCCAUCUCAACAUCGAAGGAAACAGUCCUAGCCACAUGGAUCUUCUGGGGUUCCUAACCGCCCGGAUGGCGGCCUUUUCUCCCCGCUGAGGUCGAGAGGAGAUUCCGGUGCUGAGGGGCUUAAGAGGAGCAUCUACCCUCUGGCCACUGGGAUCCUGGAUGGGAUUGCUACAUAGGAUUGUCAUCCGAGGUCGUUUAUCGUACCACAGAGCAUGUCUGUCUAAAACUGCGUCAAGGUCAAAGCAGUGUUUCAUCAGCAAAAACACCUGGGCUCUGUUUCAUGGAGUGCUUUUUGGACUACUGUUGGUACUCACUGCUGUAUUACCUGCAUGUGUCUGUCUGGCCAGAGCAAUCAACACUGAUGGAAAACAACUGAGAGACAGAGUGAUUGAGCUUUGGACAAAUGCUGGCUCAUCAGUUGAUGCUCCUACAGUGAGUUUUCAUCAUAACUUACUUGGAUAUUUUGCGAUCUAUUCCUCUGUCCUGUGGCACAGACGAGCCCAUGUACCAGAGCAAAUCACCGAUCCAGUGGACCGGUCAUCUGCCACCCCAUUUCGGAGAAUAGCAGGUCUCCUCUUCAUGCCAAUUCUGCUCUCUGGAGAUGUUCAGCUAAAUCCUGGACCAGUGACCCCUGGAGUGCUGCGGAACUUCGAUGCUGAUUUGUGCUCAUGUAUGUUGAUGAUGAAUAAGCAGCAUCUUUCUGAGCCGGGCUUCUCCCUUAACAGACUAAACUUUGUUUACACAAGGCAUGAUGUCUCAAUGAAUAACUUUUCGCUACCGGGCUGUGGAAACCUUGAUAGGUCCAGUGUCUCUCUCACAAAACCUGCUGCUGACACCACUGUGUGUCGAAACCCUGCAGUGAGGACGCAGAGGUUAUUCAAAACCUUCCAAACUGUCAAUCACGCAAAAGUCUUAUGGGACCUGAAGCUGAAACCGAGGGGGCUAUUCGGUGGACAUUUUAACAUCAGAAGAAUUACUGCAAAGAGCAAUCAGCCAACUCAUCUUGUGUCUGACUCAAAUCUGGACUUUCUCUGUCUGACUGAAACAUGGUUAAAACAAACAACUCCUGCAAGUGUGUUCACUGCGCCCUGAUACCAAUGUUUCAGAAGAGACAGACCUGAUGGAAGAGUAGGAGGGGUGCUUUUUUAUGUGAGAGACAACAUCAAAUGUGAACGUGUGGUUUAUAAUGUGGAUUACUGGGGAAUCAAGGAUGUGCAAUGUCAAUGUGUGAAGUUGUUUGGAUGAGCG